AUGGCCCCCAACCCUCAGUGCGCUGCCCUUGCUGCUGCGAAGGAGAAGAAGGGUCUCUCGUACGCCCAGAUCGCUGCCCAGAUCGGCAAAUCCGAGCAACACGUCAUUGACGUCUGCACCGGAGCGACCCAACCCACGCAGGCUGAGUUCGACGCGCUCGCCCGCGUCCUCGGCAUCACGUCCGCUCCUCCCCACGACUCUGCCCACGCCACCAAGUAA